CUUUGUGUGUGUGUGUCUCUGUUUGCCUCACCCGUAGCCGACCCCGCUCCGGCAUUACGCCUCUCGCUUCCUUGGAAUCCUGCCCCGCCCCGUCCCGCACUUGUUUGCUCUGUUCUCGUUCUUGUGCUCGUGUCUCCUUCUUUGCUUUGGCGGUCGAUCCCUUCGAGGUGCAAGAGUCGCGUUGAAGGCAUUGGAGGAUUAAGAGGUGGAGUAGAGUGGAGAGAUGAAGUAUGGGAAGCUGUUGCAGAUGCUGUUGGAGCAGAUGCCGGUGGAGUACCGGGACAAGUUCUUGUCCUACAAGCAGCUGAAGAAGGUGAUUAACACUAUUUUGCAGGAGAAUUCGUUACCGACGGCGGCGUUUGUGCAGUUGGAGGAUGAGGCGGACGCCGAGACAGGGCAGGGAGAGCAGGGUGACGAUCGGCCGUCCGUGGAGUCAAUUACAGCGCGGGACGUGGAGGUGGCUUGGCCGCUGGCUGAUGGAGUAGAGCGGGAGACCAAGCGGGUGAGAUGGGAAGCAGGGAUGGCCGUGCGGACCGAGGGAGCGGCGGGAGAGGGGGUAGGCGGGGAAGGAGGUGAUGGAUGUGUUGGAACCAAGAGGAAGAUUGGAGGCAGGGAGGAGGUGGUCGUAGUACGCAAUAGCGGGAGAGAAAAUGUGUUAUCACUGCCCGUCCAGAGGGAGGUUUUGGCUUCCAGGCCAGUUGAUCCUCGCGCCGUUGGAGAGGAAAAGGACCUCACGAAAGAUGAGGAGGAUUUUUUGCACCUCUUGAAUGUUGAGCUUGAGAAGUUCAACAGCUUUUUCACGGAGAAAGAAGAAGACUACGUCAUCCGUGUACAAGAGCUGAGACACAGACUGGAGAGGUUGCGCCAGCGAAAUGAUGCAGAAGUGCAUCAAGGAGACUGGAAUGAGGAUUUUCUGACAAUCCGCACGGGACUUGUCACGUUACAUGGAGAAGUGGUACUUAUGAAGAGUUAUAGCACUCUCAAUUACACAGGGCUGGUGAAGAUAUUGAAGAAGCAUGACAAGCGCACAGGAACGGUCCUUCGUCUGCCUUUCAUCAGACGAGUGCUCUUGCAGCCAUUCUUCUCCACAGAGCUUCUCUCGGAACUUGUCAAAGAUUGUGAGACUCUUCUAUCGACUUUCCCCGCUGUUCCUAUUGAAGAGAGCAUCGAUGUCGAACUUUUCGGUGUAACAGGGCAAGCUCAAAGUGAAUCACAGGAGGGUUCAUAUCCGGCAGUGCAUGCUGCUGGAGGCAUAUUCAAGAGUACCGUGGCUGCCUUACGAACGAUUCAGGAGAUGCGGAAAGGGAGUUCAACUGUCAGUGCUCAGUCCUUGCCGCCCUGCAAUUUAUAUGGAAACGAUGAACGAUAUGGCAUAGUUGACAACGAGGGAUCCUGGGGCAGAAAAUUGCCUGUCCACUCCAGGAAACAGGAAUUCGAGAGCAUGGCCUGUACCAGUUGAAUGGUAAAAGCAAAUAGAGAUCUUGCAGAGCUUUAGAAGGGAAGUCUCUGGAAUUGAGACCAGUUUUUCACAUGAUUUUGGAGCCUCUCAAUGAUGUAUGGGAACACAAUGAUUGGUUGCUACCUGCAUCUUGGCUGAGCUUAUGUCCUUUGAUACAGAUUGAACAUAGCUCUCAAGCCUCCAGGAAAACAUAUUUACUUAGGGGAAUGUUGAGGAUAUGAAUUACCCGCUCCUGCAUCCAAGUGCAAGAACCACGCUGGGAUCGAAACUCGUUGUAGGGACCUUCUCUUAUGGAACAGGCCCUGCAUCUGAGGUUCCUUAAAGCUCUCAACGAGAUCUCAUGGACGUAAUUUAUAGAUGGUGUUGAAUGAGGGAUCCCUGGAAUACGUGGUGCUGUCCCGAGUUGAAAAUGUCGAAGAUCGUCUCGGGGUACGCAACCCUGCACUACAGGGUCACAACCGUCGCAUGGCUGUGAAACGGAAAUACUUGGGCAUAUCAGAGGAGGCACUAGGUGGAAAUUCGUUUGAAGGACCCUUUGUUACACUCUUUUUACGGGGAUUGAACCCCAAAGAAAGUCUCGUUUUUUCCAUGUCAUUUUUUUUGUAAAUCUACCCUGUUCUUGGAAUUCAAUCUAUCCAUCUGGACUAUUUUCCUACAGUA